AUGGAUUGUGAAGUUUGGAAGGGUUAUGAGCAUUUUUUCCUGGAUAUGUCUGGUAAGGAAGGAACCCGAGAUAGCGAAAAGGGGGGAAAAUCCAUAACGGAAAAAAGAUCUAUGCCUAAUUUGGAAAGAGUAGACCGGCAAAAAGCCGUGAAUCAGGUUCCAAAAAGAAAAUCCAGGCACCUUCAUAAAUAUCCAACGCCAAGUUUUAGCACAGUUUCAAGGGGACUCGACACGGAUCCUCCUGCAUUUCCUUCAUUAGAUUUAAUACCGUUUGAUAAUCAGGGAAUACCUAGAGGACAAGGAGACGUGUCUUCGGGAGUUAUAGAACCUCCGGAUAUGGUACCAUCAACUCAACCCGAAUUUAAAAUGGUACGAGAAGAUUUUCCGGCUUUGCCAGGGACUCAAAACGAUAGUUUGGAAUACGGUUAUCAAUUGGCCGGAGGUGAAUCGACGACGACUCAACCGAGAGACCAACCGCGGUCUGUAGGUAUAAGGACACAUCCGGACGGUAGAGUUACCAAUAUUCCUAGAUCUAUGAUUCAAGAUCAAUAUGGGAUUGCAGGUUUACUGUCUUUUUUAAGAGCUGCCGAACACGAUAAAACGUUAGAAGUACAAGGAUUGGGAGAAGAUUUAACAAAAUACGGUUUCGAUUUGAAUUCAAAAGAAUUCCUUUAUCCGAAUUUUAGCGGUCCUUUUGGUGAUUAUCCAGCUCAACCGCAAGACAUUGAUUACGACGUACCUAAAGAAUAUUUACAUCAUAGGAAAACAAAAAAAAAACUUCCAGCAAUUGAUUUUUCUCGUUACAACGACGAUACACUUUUUUAUCUUUUCUAUACGUUUAUAGGUGAUUAUAAGCAACUUAUGGCCGCGGCUUAUCUUUACGAUAAGGAAUGGAGAUUUCACACGGAAGAAAAUUAUUGGAUGAGUUUAAUGGUCGAUCAAAAAAAUUGCUAUUGUUUUUUCGAUCCAACAAAAUGGUGCAAAGUCCGAGUUAUAGAUUACGAAAUUGAUAUACAUAAAUUAGCGGCGAGACCACACGUACCAAACGUCAGUCCUCCUAAACAAGAUUUAUCUCCUCCUUCAACGGUUCAAUCGGCGGUCCAAUUAUCUAAUGCUCCGAUGACUCAACAAAUACAAACGGUUCACGGGGUUCAACAAAUGCCGGUAAUACCUGUUAGUAUAAAUCCAUAUACACCAAGACCGGCGUAUCGGAUAAUUACUUCUUAUACACCUGUAAACGUUAAUCAUUUUAAUCCAAGGCAUAAUAUACCUACAGUUUUUACACCGUGUCCAACGAUAAUUGGUACGGUUACGCCCAGAAAUUCAAUACCGGUCGUCCCAUCUCGUGCUAUUCCAGUUGGACCUCCUUGCACGAGGUAUAAUUUAUCAUCGGCAUAUGCCCCGCCCAGGAACAUAACGACCAUAUAUGCUCCAGCACCUAUGUAUUCUUCUUGUUCCGACAGUAACGGAGAACGUUUGAGAAGAAAAAAAAGACAUUGA